AUGUCUACCAAUAUUUGUUUAUGUGGUAAAAACAAAUUAAGAUUAAAUGACACCAACUGGAAGAGACAUUUAACUGCAUGUAAUAUUGCAAAAUUGAAAAAAUCAAACAUAGUCAACGAUGUCUCUAGUUUUUUUUCUAAAAAACGUGUAAAUGAUGUAGACCAUACACAGCGGCAGCAAAUUAAUUUGGUACCUUAUUGUUCUAAUUCUGCUGCUGAUACCAAUACAGUUUGUAAUAUGGAACUUGAUGGUAAUUCUACUGCAGCUCAAUAUGAUAAAGUUAUUAAUACAGAAACAUCAAUUACUGAUUUAGUGUCAAGUAAUUUCCAACAUUUUCCCAAUGAUCCGGCAUUAAUAUUACCAACAACUUCAAACGAAAUUGUGAGAGAAUCUGAUGUUGUUUCAAUCAUAGAAUCGAGUACUGAUGCUGAUACCAAUACAGUUUGUAAUAUGGAACUUGAUGGUAAUUCUACUGCAGCUCAAUAUGAUAAAGUUAUUAAUACAGAAACAUCAAUUACUGAUUUAGUGUCAAGUAAUUUCCAACGUUUUCCCAAUGAUCCAGCAUUAAUAUUACCAACAACUUCAAACAAAAUUGUGAGAGAAUCUGAUGUUGUUUCAAUCAUAGAAUCGAGUACUGGUGCUGAUACCAAUACAGUUUGUAAUAUUGAACUUGAUGGUAAUUCUACUGCAGCUCAACAUGAUAAAGUUAUUAAUACAGAAACAUCAAUUACUGAUUUAGUGUCAAGUAAUUUCCAAAGUUUUCCCAAUGAUCCAGCAUUAAUAUUACCAACAACUUCAAACGAAUAUUUCGCCUAUUUAGCCAGCUUACACCCAUGCCAGCCGUUACCAGCAGAACUAAAAAAUCAAGAGUUUCCUAAACGAAAACAGGGUGAAUGGAUUAGAUCAUUUCACGAACAGCAUUAUGCUAAAAAAAUUGCUUCUGGAGAUUUUGUAGUAAGAAAUUGGGUUUCUUAUUCUCCUUCUCAAGAUAAAGUUUAUUGUAUUGCUUGUAAACUUUUCGGAACAACUCAUUCCAAGUCUAACCAACUUGCAAAAUGUGGAUCGAAUGAUUGGAGACAUAUUGCCUACAAACUUAAAGUGCACGAAUGUUCAACAGAUCACUUGCAGUCUGAAAUUAGAAGAGCUAUGUAUAUCAGUAAUCAGAGAGUAAAUAUUACAACAUUAGGACUUCCCAACUCUAUUGUUGCAGAAAAUAGAGAAAUAGUAAAAAUAAUUUUUGAUGUUUUAAUUUACUUGGCUCGACAAAAUUCUGCAUUUCGAGGACAUGAUGAAAGCUGGAGCUCUAAAAACCAAGGUAAUUUCUUAGAAUUGUUAAAAUUAAUGUCAAAACAUAAUGCUUUACUUAAAUCUCAUUUGAGUAAAAUAACAAAUGCUUCAAAAAAAAACCGUAUAACAUUUCUCUCCAGCGACAGUCAAAAUACAAUGUUAAAUGUACUUGGUGAAAUAGUUCGAUUAGAAAUUUUAAAAAAGGUAAAAAAAGCUCGAGUGUUUUCUAUUAUAAUAGACACAACUACCGAUGUGGCUAACCUGGAACAGUUUUCACUUGUAUUGCGUUUUGUUAAUGAUGAUCAUCAGCCUGAAGAACGCCUUAUCGCAGUUAAAGUAGCAAGUGAUGCGUCUGGAAAAGGUUUGUUUGAUUUAUUUUGUGAGAUUUGUAAUAUUUACGAAUUAGAUUGGGAAAAUAAUUUAUGUGCUCAGUCAUAUGAUGGAGCUGCCUGUAUGCAAGGGCAAUAUUCUGGAGUACGUUCAUACAUACAGGACAAAAAUCCUCAAGCCAUAUAUAUUUGGUGCUUUUCUCACAUACUAAAUCUUGUAAUUGUUGAAACAUGUGAUAAAAGCACAAGUAUGAGAAACUUCUUUGGUGAAUUGCAAUCAUUAAUAAGUUAUAUGAGAGCAAGGAAACGUACUGCUAUAUUUAAAGAACAACAAAUAAAAAUUUAUCCUGAUCAAAGAGUCUGUCGCAUUAAAAAUUUUUCUACAACUCGAUGGACUUCCCAUGAUCGAGCAAUUUCUAUUAUUCACGAUAAAUAUGAAGCACUAUUGAUGACUUUAGAAGAAUUAACCAAUUCACCAGAUCGAGAUUGCUCUUCAACAGCUAAAAAUUUACAUACCAUCAUAUCUUCAUUUACAUUUGUCCUAAAUCUUAAGUUAAUGAAAAAAAUAUUUUUUUACACCACUCCAUUAUCAGUCUACCUUCAAUCACCAGCAAUUGAUUUUAUCCAGGCUUUAACUAUGGUAGAUAAUGUGAGUAAACAAAUUAAAAAGUUAAGGACAAAUCAUGAGGCUGAAAAUUUAUUGAAUGAAGCCAAAACAUUUGCAAGUGACAAGGGUCUUACUGAAAGCUGUUUGCCAGAUGUACGUGUCCGACGUAGAAAAAUAAUGCCUGGUGAAGCACCAACAGAAUAUUUAAUUGUAAAUCCGUUAGACAAAUUCAGAACAGAAGUUUAUUUUGUUAUUUUAGAUCAAAUUACAAAUUCUAUCUUUAUGAGAUUUGACGGGGCUCGAAAUAUAUUAAAAGACUUUUCGAUUCUUUCCUAUGGCCGUCUUAUGGCUACAAGUAAUGGAGAACCUAUUCCCAAUGAUUUAUUUGAAACACUGGUGCAAUGGAUUCCAAAUUUACAACUUGAAGAAUUGAAAAAUGAAUAUUUAAUAUUUGCUUCAAGUUUUAAAAAUCUGCAAUCCAAUUUGAAUCUUACAUCAUUAUCCAAUCCUGAUAAUGAAAUAAGUAUUACUGAAGAAAAUACAGAUACAUGUGAUUCUGAUAGUAGUUCUAAUAGUAAUACAUUAACAAAAAUUGCUGAAAAAAAUCUUACAUCAAUACAAAUUUUAAAAUUAAUUAGCUCAUACGGGUUAUGUGCAGCAUUCCCUAAUUUGUUUGUUGCUUACAAGUAUUUAUGUACCAUUCCAGCCACUUCUGUCUCAAGUGAACGAUCAUUCUCAAAGCUUAAGCUCAUCAAAACUCGUUUACGCUCCACUAUGCAGCAAAAUCGUUUAGAAAGCUUACUUUUACUAUCAUGUGAGAGGGACAUUUAUAUAGAUCUGGAAGAGGCUAUAAAUAAAUAUGCAUUUACUUCAAAUGUUUUGAAUAAAUUAUUAUUAUUUAAAUAA